CAAUUGUUGAUUCACAUUUUCAUUUUCACAUUUAAAUUGAUUGUUUUUGUUUAAUUUAACUGAUAAUUAGUGUUAAUUAAAUCAAAUAUGGAACAUUUUACUCUUUGAUCAUUGGAUUUUAUCGUUUAGGUGGUUUAUUUUAUUCCAAGGUUGUUUGGUUGUCUUCUAAUUUUGGAUUCGAUUCUUUACUCAUAUAAAAAGGUUAGAAUUUGUUUCUUGCUUUGAUUGAAUAUGAGUCAAGAAUCAAGUCAAAAUGCAUAUCGUGGACUUCCAGAAAGUGUCACCCGUGUAGCUGAUCGAAUGGAAUUUGUUCACCAUGGUCAUAAAGUUAGCAAACCAAAUGCUGAAGAUUUAAUAGCUUCAAAUGCUCCAGUCUUUGCUCAGGAAAAACAUGGUGUUAAAUAUUAUUAUCUGACAAGUAUUGAUUCCAAGUUUACACGGAAAAAGGAUAAACCUAAAGAGAAACCGAAUAUCAAAGGGAAAAAGAAUAAAGAAAAGAAACCCAACAAAUUGAACUCAAAGGAGAGAAAAUCGUUAUUCAAGAUUAACCGUGAGACUAAACUUGAUUAUGAAACAUUUGAGAAGAUUAAUCAUAUCUGGGAUAAAUAUAUUGGCAUAAUAUUAAAAAAUAAUCCUAAAGAUUCAUCAUUGAGAUUGGCUAAAGCUGAUUAUCAUGGAGCCAAAUUUUGUGUUCUCGCCUCACUUAAUCCAUCACUUGUUGGUAUAGUUGGAUUAGUUGUUCAGGAAACAAGGAACACAUUCAAAUUGAUAAAUAAACAGAAUCAGAUUCGAACAAUUCCUAAAGAAGGAACUCUUUUCGCUUUUGGACAUGAUAAUUCAAUCUACAAGCUCAAUGGAAGUCAUAUCAGAUUAAGCUCUCAUAAUCGAAGUAAAGUCAAGUUCAAAUCGAAAAAAUUAUCACAACAAAUCUAAGUGAUAUUUCAAUCAACCAUUUGGGUAAUCAACAUGAUUAAGAGAAAACAAGAAGAUAUUAAUCAUCAUUCUUAAUCCGAUGACAAACGAUAAUCGAGGUAAAAUGAAAAUGGAACAACUUUGUUUGAGAAAUAAUAAUAAUAACCCAAUGGAAAACAAAAGAAAAAUGUUUCGAUUUUCAUGUUAUACUGAUCGCUUCUUCUUUUCACCUUAUAUCUUCAUGGAUCAUCAAUUUAUCAUAAUGUCAACAUGAAACAGAUUAUCGUCUUAUCAGUAAAAGGGAUACACCUUAUUACCUGUGGCAAGGAUUUUGGAUUAUCAAAAGACUAACAUUAAACAGGACCAAUAUUGUCAUGUAAAAACCAAACAUUACAGGAAAAAAUCAGUCACUCAUGGUGAUCAUGAUGAUUUGGUGAUGAUGAAAGAAAGGGGGAAAUAAAUAUUCACAUGGAAAAAUAAGUUCCCUCUCUCUCUCUCUCUCUCUUCCAUGUAGAAUAGAAUGAAAAUUUCAACAGAUUAUAGUUAAUCAUCCAAUUGUCACUUUCAAAUGAAGAUAAUUGAUCUGAAAAUAUUCAUCUAUUAAUACAUGCAUUUAAAUUCUUGAAAAUUUAUACAUAAAAUGUUAUAAUAUUGUAAACAUUAUCCUUUCUCCCAAUUUUCCUCCUUCUCUUACAUCAUCUGAUAUAAAUGUGAACACAGGUAAAUCUUAUUAACUCAUGCUCGAAAUACUUUGAAAAGAUGAUCCUAUUUUUUUUAAACCAUUGAAUAUCCAACAUGAACAAUCAAAAUCCUAUGAUUUUAUUCAAUCAACACAUUGAAUUAAUAAUCAAUGUGACAAAAAAUAAUUUCUGUAACCCAAUCAACAGAAACAAAAUCAUAACUGUAAACAACAAAUAACUGUUAUUAAUAACAAUGAAUUUGAAUAUUUAAGGAAAACCAUCCUAAUUAAGAAUCAAUUACUAUUACAACUA